AUGGUUGAUUCUCCUACUUCCUAUCAAAAUGAAUCGAAUUCUAAUGAAUCUAUUUCCCCAAUUCGUGAAGCGGGAAAGGGCAAUGAAUUCAUCAUCAUCGGAGGCAAAACAUAUUACAAACACGAAUUAAUGCAUGCCUUCGGUGGUACACUUAAUCCAGGAUUAGCAUUACCGCCUGUAAACAAGUUUGGUAACGCAGCGCCAUUAGGGUUGGCUGGGUUCGCGAUGGUCACUUUUCUUCUGGGAAUGUACAAUGCACAGGCGAUGGGUGUUGUUGAAUCCAAUGCAGUUUUAGGUGUGGCAGCAUUUUACGGGGGACUAGUACAAUUUUUAGCUGGGUGCUGGGAAAUGGUUAUUGGUAACACCUUUGGUGCUACUGCCUUGACUUCAUAUGGAGCCUUCUGGAUUUCUUACGCAGCUAUUAACGUAGAAGCUUUUGGGAUAGCUGCUGCUUAUGAAGACGAAACUGAGUUCAACAAUGCUAUGGGAUUACUUCUUUUAUCAUGGACCAUAUAUACUUUCAUGUUAUCAAUGCUUACUUUAAAAUCUACAGUCGCUUUUUGUCUGCUACUUUGGCUUGUCACACUCACAUACGCGCUAUUAUGUGCUGGCAGCUUUACUCAGAAUGUCAAAGUUACGAGAGCUGCUGGUAUCGUGGGGGUGGUUACUGGGCUACUUGCGUUCUAUAAUGCAUUCGCAGGAGUUGUCAAUAAACAGAACUCAUACUUCGUUGUGCAUUCAAUUCCUCUAACGAGAGACUAA